CCUCAGUGCAGAAAGAUGACUUUCCUCCACGAUGACUGCUACUUCCCCAACAGUUACAGGGGCCUCCACAGCUACCGGGGCUAUGACUACAUCAGCCCCUACAACUACAGGGGCUUUGGUGGCCUCUACAACUUUGGGGACCACUAUGGCCAUGAUGGUCUGUAUGGUCACUGGGGCUUUUAUGGCUCUAGGGACCAUUAUGGCUUUGGAGGUCUGAACGGUGGCUAUAGGGGCCUGUAUGGGGACUGCUAUGGCUACCCAGGCUGGUACAGCAGCCGCUACGGUCACCACUUCGGUUCACGAUACGGUCAACGCUACGGCUACGGGGGCUGGUAAACCCAGCAGGAACGGUGCUGAUAUGUGAGGACCAACCCCAGUCUGGAAUUACGGCGAAUCUCAGCAGCAUCUUUCUAAUGCACAGAGCCCAGUGACAGCAGCUUCCCUCUGCGGAGGCAUUGAGGCUCUGCUCUGCUGCCCAAGUGCUGAAAAUGAAUGAUCUUUUCCU